AUCAAGGCAAGUCACAUGACAGGCAAGAUGGCGGCCGCCGUGCAUGUUGUAGUGCUGACGGUGUUGAUGUCGAUGUUGUUGCAGGUAGUUGUUGGAGAAGCACAACCGGUCACUGUUCACGCCGUAUUUAAUGAAACCUCUCAACAGUUUCAGAUACUGGAGGGUGUAGCGACAGAGGAUUCUCUGGCUUGGGCCCAGUUCAUCGACUCCGUCAAUGAGACUGGGUGGGGGUAUCUGGAAGUCAGCACGCAGUAUCACGUAAAUGAGAAGUACAACGACUCCAUGUUGGCCUACGCUGCCGGCUUGGUUGAAGGCUACGUCACACGUGAUCAAAUUAAAAUGCACUGGCAAAAUACCAUGGCCGGCUACUGCAAUACCCCCUACUCCGCCUACUGCAAGCGUCUGCACGACUUCCUGGAGACCAACCUUAACUGGAUUCGAACCUCCAUCAAGAACAACACCAACGACACCUACUGGCAUCAGGUGGAGAUGUUCUACACGCAACUGCGGGGGAUGACCGACGGCUACAACAACGACCCGAAGAGGCCGUCCCUGGACAUAGACCCAUUCGGGUUGUACCUCUUCCAGAUCAGUAACGAUGUGGGGGAUCUGGAGGUAGCGCUUCACAAACCCGGCGUCAGUGUUGACCAGCCGCAGCGUGAUCGUUGCUCCGCCUACAUCAAGGUCGACCUUGAAUACGAGUUGCUCUACGCCGCUCACAACACCUGGUCCGGUUACACGAACAUGUUGCGCAUGCUCAAGAAAUACACCUUGCAGUACAGCAUGACAGACGCCAGGAAGGGUUUGAUGCCGAAGGGCAGCGUGUGGACGUUCUCCUCCUACCCGGGCUACCUCAUCUCCGACGACGACUUCUACGUCCUCUCCUCCUGGCUGGUUACCAUGGCAACCACCAUCCCUAACAACAACCCCGACCUGUACGACUACACGAAGCCCGAGGGGUGCGUGUUGACGCCUGUGAGGGUGUGGGUGGCCAAUAGACUGGGCAACAGCGGACAGGAGUGGAUGCUGGUCUUCUCCCGCUACAAUAGCGGCACCUACAACAAUCAGUGGAUGAUUGUUGACCAAAAGCUGGUUCAAGGAAAUCUGCCGCCGGCGGUUUUAUCAGUGGUAGAGCAGAUGCCGGGCUACAUCGAAUAUGCAGAUGUGACCGACCUCCUGAUUGUCAACACAUACUGGGCCAGCUAUAACGUUGCAUUUUUCCCGACUAUAUUCAACAUGAGCGGGCAAAACCAGUUAGUUGCCAAGUACGGGGACUACUUCUCGUACAACAUGUCCCGCAGGGCCCGGAUGUUCUUCCAGCAGGACGCCCAGGUACAGGACCGGAACACGCUGUUCAAUAUGAUGAGGUACAACGACUUCAGACACGACAACCUAUCUAAGUGCCACUGUACCCCAGGGUACAGCGCCGACCUCGCCAUAGCAGCUCGCGACGACCUCAACGAGGAAAACGGAACCUACCUCUACGAUGAGCUCGGAUUCGCCAUGGAAGGAGCUAUAGAUGUGAAGAUCGUAGCGACCGGAGAGAUGCAGUGGUUGUUGUUUGAUGCUGUCUCGGGGCCCACGUAUGACCAACAACCGCCGUUCCAGUGGUCUAAGGUCAAGGACGCCAGCAAGUAUCCCCACUUCGGACAACCAGACUUGUUUAACUUUAAACCGGUGUCAUUUAACGGAACACUGGUACCCCCUACCACGCCAUCUUGGUACAGGGGCACAUGACAAACAGCGCAAUCUCAUUAAUCCGGACGGUACCACUCACGUUUAAAUCUUCCAGAUUUACAAAUGUCCAGAUAAACGAAUCAGGGUAACAUCGAUCUGUUGAUCUUUACAGAUGUUCCAAACAAUGUAGAAAUAUCACGAUAUCAGAUGUGGAUUUUCAAUACUACCAAGUUCGACAUGUGAAA